CUGAAGAAGAAAUCUCUUAAUGCCUCCAGCAUGUUCAGGAAUUCCCUGACAAGGAGAAGCAGUAGAGUUAUGUCUAUUUCUAUUGAUGAUAGUAUGGAUGCAGAAGAGUUACAGGCAGUGGAAGCAUUUCGACAAGCACUCAUCUUGGAUGAAUUACUACCCUCAAAACACGAUGAUUAUCAUAUGAUGCUGAGAUUUUUGAAGGCAAGAAAAUUUGAUGUUGAGAAAACAAAGCAAAUGUGGGCUGACAUGGUUCAGUGGAGAAAGGAAUUUGGUGCUGACACAAUAAUGGAGGAGUUUGAGUUUGAAGAACUCAAUGAAGUCCUGGAACAGUAUCCCCAAGGGCAUCAUGGAGUUGAUAAGGAAGGACAUCCUGUUUACAUUGAGAAACUUGGUCAAGUUGAUCCUGUCAAGCUGAUGCAAGUUACAAACAUGGAUCGAUAUGUGAAAUAUCAUGUCCGGGAAUUUGAGAGAAAUUUUGCCGUUAAGUUCCCAGCAUGUUCAAUUGCAGUAAAAAAGCACAUAGAUCAGAGCACAACAAUCCUUGAUGUGCAAGGAGUGGGCCUUAAAAAUUUCAACAAAGCUGCAAGGGACCUUAUUGUGCGUCUUCAGAAGAUUGAUGGUGAUAAUUAUCCUGAGACCUUAUGCCGCAUGUUCAUCAUCAAUGCGGGUUCUGGAUUUAGACUGUUGUGGAAUACUAUUAAGACUUUCCUUGAUCCUAAGACUACGGCAAAAAUCCAUGUUCUUGGGAAUAAAUUCCAGAGCAAGUUGCUUGAAGUAAUUGAUGCCAGCGAGUUGCCAGAAUUUUUGGGUGGUACUUGUACCUGUGCUGAUCAUGAAGGUGGUUGUAUGCGUUCUGAUAAGGGUCCAUGGAAGGACCCAGAAAUACUCAAGAUGAUCCAGGAUGGUGUUGCUGUGUGUAAAAAAAAGAUAACCACUACUACAGAAACUGAGGAGAAGAUGAUUUCAGAGGAUGAGAUAGAUAAUAGUUGUUUCCCUGUGAAUGACGCUUGCAAGGCUCCUGAAUACGAUAACAAGCAUAUCUUUACUGGGAUAAUGACCUUUGUUAUGGGCCUUGUAACUAUGGUCCGUUUGACACGCAGCAUGCCAAAGAAGAUCACUGAUGCUACCCUUUACUCCAGUCCCCUUUACUGUAAUGACACAAUUAUUAAAGGCCAGCCUCACCAGCAGUUGUCUGGGCCUGCCAUCUCCAGUACUGAAUACUUGUCCAUCAUGAAGCGUAUGGCUGAACUAGAAGAGAAGGUGAAUGUUCUAAGUACGAAACCUGAAACAAUGCCUCCAGAGAAGGAAGAAAAGCUUAACGCUGCUCUAAGCCGUAUUGAAGCCCUCGAACAAGAACUUAUGUCAACCAAGAAGGCUCUUGAGGACUCCCUUGCCAAACAGGAGGAAUGCCUAGCUUACAUUGAGAAGAAGAAGAAGAAGAAGAAGGUAUGUUUCUUGGGCUAUAAAUCCAUUAUACUGGUGAAGAAAAAGGUGCUGGAUAUCUUGUGA